AUGGUUCGGAGCUUCAAAAAGAAAACUGCCACAAGUAAGUGUAUAAUUGUCGCUUCUCUACAUUUCCUGAAGACGUUUCUCUCCUGCAUUGCCAGUGUUGCGGCUCUUCUCAUUUUGUUAUUUUGCUCGCCCGUCGAUAGAAAACAGCGAGAGAGUGAGAGAUUGUGUACUGCAAAAAGAGAGGGACAGACACCGCGUGUAUGUUUGCCCUAUUGCGAAACGAAAACGAAUGAGUCAGUCCUUCCCUUUUGUCGGUUCGUUCCCCUGACUUUCAUCGUUGUUUCAUUUUCCAGCCAACAUGUCGAAAGUUUCAACUCCUGGAGAUCAGCCGAAGGCCGCCGAUCAAGACUUUUACCAACUUCUCGGAGUUGACAAAAUGGUGAGCGAAAUUUUAUUGAUAGUUCACAGAUGUUAGUGAUUUUAGGCCUCUGAGGCAGAAAUCAAGUCGGCGUACAGAAAACUCGCCCUCAAGUAUCAUCCGGAUCGUAAUCCUGGAGACACGCACGCUCAAGAGGAGUUCAAGAAGGUUUCGAUUGCAUACUCGGUGCUUUCUGACCCAAACAAACGAAGACAGUACGAUGUGAGCGGUCCGUCUGAAAACCAACUCGAUUUCGAAGGAUUCGACGUUUCCGAAAUGGGAGGUGUUGGUCAGUUAUCGAUUUUUACCUUCAUUGAAAUUGAACAAAAAUGCAGGUCGAGUAUUCGGAGCGCUGUUCACCAAACUCGGAGUUCCCAUUCCGACACAAAUUGUUCCCAAAGUCCUCGCUCAAGCUCGGCAAAUUUGCCUUGGACAGGAAUGCGAUGUGCAUGCGAAACCGCUGCCACCAGGUGAUGCGAUCAGUUCAUCAGUCAGCAAGCAGGUGAGCGCUUCACGAGUUUGACAGUGAAAAUAUUUGAAAAGGAUUUCAGCACGCCCACUUCUACGAGAUUGAUAUGAAAGAAGAGUUCCGAAAAAACGGAGUCGCCAUCAUCUGCAAGAGCUCCUCUAGCAAGUUCAAGUUGGUGCUGUUCGACAAGGAAGGCGGCGUUCGGAUGAUUCAGGAGAGCGGAAAACGUGGAAAGUCCGGCACACAGGCUGAUAUGUUCUUCGUUCCGUACACAGUGGCUAAUAUUCAAGAGUUCAAUCCGAUGAAGUAUCAUUUGGAGGACAAAGAAACUCCGAUCGCGUUCCAUUACCUGGAUUCAUUUGAAAUGCAGACGGCGACGCUUCUGGAGACUCGAAAGCACUACAUCGGAGUGUACGGAGACAACUGGAUCAGCGACGUCAAGUACACCAUACACUUCUUGCCUGUUGCUCCGGAAGCAACUGAGAAACUGGCGGAUAUCGAGCAAAUCGAGAAGAGCAUUUCAGCUAUCAAGAAGGAAAUGCUCGACUUCCAACGAGUCUUCACAGAAGCCAAACGACAGUAAGCGUCUAUUCUCGAAGAGUUUUACACGGUUUUCUUUUCCAGAUACGAUGAAGCAGCAGCCAAGCUAAAGAUGCAAGACGAGAUAAUUCAGAAGACGCUGGUGUUCCGCGAAGAACUGUACAGCGAUGUCAUCCGACAAAGUCAAGAACCGUACAACAAAAAAGUGUCACCAUCGAAAACGUCGUCUGGAUUUCUGGGAGGAUGGUUCAAGUAA